CGCAGUAUAAAAUGCUGGACCGUGCCACAGCGCCUCAGUAACACAUUGUGCCUUCUACACCUCUGUGCACGCUCAGCGCAAACGACACGUUGCGGUAGCACGUCUUGGAAGCAAGAAUCUGCAGACCUGUGCGUGAACGUUUCCGUGCGGAAGAGGUUUACUCGCUCCCUCCAGUCACCAUGUGUUCGGCGGCCGCUCUUCUCGCUCAGGCACUCGCGCUUUGCGUGGUCUCCAUGGCUGCAGCCGGCGGUCAGUUCGGAUUUGGUGGACUUGGCGGUGGAUAUGGCGGUGGACUAAGUGGAGCCUUCGGCCCUUCUUUCGCUGCCACAUUCGCACGUCAGGAACAGUAUUACCCAGCCCAACCGUACAGCUUCGGCUACAACAACCAAGACCAGUACGGCACCAGGACAUACCAGAAAGAACAAGGCGACGCCUCGAACACAAAGAUCGGUAUGUACGGGUAUUCGGACGCCAACGGCAUCUACCGCCAGGUGAAGUACAUCGCUGACGCUGGUGGAUUCCGCGCAAAGAUCGACACCAACGAGCCCGGAACUGCCCCUGGUGCUAGCGCCGACGCAGUGUACAACGCUAACCCACUCCCCGCUGGUCGGCAGUACCGUAUCAUCGGUGGCUCGUCGCCCCUCUCAUCUCCCUACACGAGCGCAUCCACUUACGGUUUGGGAUAUGGCCGGCCUUGGUCUGGAUAACCAAGCACGUGAUAUAGGGUAAAAUUAAUUGAAGAACUUCCGCAGCUUCUGACACUGUUCUUUAGUCAGUUGAACAGCCAAGCAAGCCGUUGAAGAGGCUGAGCGUUCCUUCGACUACUACAGCUAUCCUAAAUGCA